AUGUGGUCCUUCCCGCAGGGCUCCGGAUGGAAAGAUAUGAGAAAGCACUUCAACCCUGGCUUCGCUCCUCAGCACCUCAUGAGUCUCAUGCCAGUGAUCUUGGAAAAGACUCAGACUUUCCUCGCAAAACUCGACGAACUCGUUGGUACGGGUGAAGAGUUUGAGCUGGAGCCGCUGUGCACCAAUCUUACUUUUGAUAUCAUUGGUGCCGUGACGAUGGAUGUUGACCUUAACGCACAGCUUCCAGAAGAUCAACAGAUAGAGUUCAUUAAGGGGUAUAAAGAGUUCUUGACCUCGUAUAGGGAGGGCAGUGGUAUACUCAAAUGGUGGGAGAACCCUCAGCUGGGCAGGAAACGAAGGCGACUUGCCAAGUCUUGCAACGUCUUCCUUGAGGACGUAAUUCGUCGCAAGUUCAACGAUGUGAAGCAAGACAAGGGGUCAUCGAGCCGCAGUAUUCUGGCUCUCAGCUUGAAAGACACGCAAGUCUUGACACAGGAUAUUAUCGACGGGACAAAGGAUCAACUCAAGACUUUCAUGUUCGCAGGGCACGACACUACCAGCAUCCUCUUGCAAUGGGCCUUUUACGAGUUGUCACGAACGCCUCGAGCAAUGAAGAGCCUUCGAGCCGAACUGGAGAGCCUCUUUGGUCAGGACUUGAGCCCCGAAGUCGUCCGAGAAGCUCUACUCGCCAGGGGUGAGGAGAUCACCCAGAAGAUGACCUACACCUCGGCAGUCAUCAAGGAAAUUCUGCGCCUGUACCCCCCAGCCGGAACUGCGCGCCUUUGCCCCCCGGGCGCAAACUUCCACCUGCAGUUACCAGACAAUAGCAGCCUCUGCGUCGACGGGAUGGUUUUGUACAACUGCGCCACUCUAAUCCAGCGAGACCCUGACGUUUACGGAAGCACCAAAGAUGAUUUUGUGCCUGAGCGAUGGCUCGGGAAUACGGACACAUCGAUGGCGACAAAUGACGACGAGAAGAUGGGCAUCGGCAAAGCUGGCGAGAGCGAGAUUCCUGCCGCGGCAUGGAGACCCUUCGAGAGGGGACCUAGGAACUGCAUCGGACAGGAGCUUGCCAACAUCGAGGCCAGGGUGAUUUUGGCUAGUGUUGUGGGCAAGUAUGUCUUUGAAAAGGUCGGUCUAGGGGAGGCUACGCUGGAUGAGAAGAACCACCCCAUUAUCAACGAAAAGGGGCAGUACAGGUCCAACACACAGCUUUACAACACGAGACAAAUUACCGCCCGGCCGGUUGACAACAUGAGGGUCCGAGUGAAGCAUCAGGCCCCAUCGAGAGCCUGA